AAAGUGAUAGUUAAAGGACCAGCUGCUUCGAAGUCAUCAGGCUCAGUCUGGGGUUCAGCCUUUAGCUUUCUCCUCGGAACUCUAAGGGGACUGACCUACACGCUGCUCAGGGACUUGUGCAAACAGGCACAUACGUGGGGCUGCGUAACCAGGAUUCCAUCUGCAACUUUAACCGUCCGCUGCAAUAUCCCUUCUUCACCCCAGAGUUCAGAGAGACCAUCCCCAGCUGCAAUAAUGUUGGCGACUCCCACAUCAUGUACCAUCCGCAAAGGCAGCGUCAAGAGAUGACUGGUAAUUCAUCACCACCUGAUACUGAAGAAAUUAUCCAAUGUUUUAGGAUGAACAAUGGUGAACCUGCUGGGCCAUCUGCUGAGUCUAUGGGGAACUUUGACACUGGUGAUACAUCCAGCCAAGGCGCCUCACCUGCACAUGAAACUCAGAUGUCUUGGGAGAGGGAGAAUGCUGCCAUGCAAGAGGGUGGAUCACUGGCUUCCAGCAGGAGUGCAUCCCCAGUGCAGUUAUCGUCUGACCCAAGAAAAGGCACAUACGUGGGGCUGCGUAACCAGGGUUCCACCUGCUACUUAAACAGCCUGCUGCAGUGUCUCUUCUUCACACGAGAGCUCAGAAGGGUCAUCCUCAGCUGUGAUAAUUAUGACUCCAGCAUCGUGUGUCAGCUGAAAAAGCUGUUUCAAGAACUGAAGCGUAAUAAAUCAGUACCUUCCACUGAAAGGAUUACAAAAUGUCUUGGGGUGAGAGAUGUGCACCAGCAGCAGGAUGUUGUGGAAUAUUUCCGGAUUCUGAUGAAUAAAAUCAUUGAGGACAAGGAAGCGAUUCAGCAGCUAUACCAGGUGGAAAUGGUCCAUUCCAUCACUUGCCAUGGAUGCAAACAUCAAACUAGAAUCAAGGAGGAUCCUGUCCUGAGUCUUGCUCUCUCUCUUGACAAGUGCAAGUCGGAAGCUUAUUCUGUGUGUAAGGCUUUGGCUGCUGUACAGAAAGUAAAUGAAUUUACUGGUGAUGAGCAGUUCUAUUGUGAAACAUGUCAAAGCAAACAAGAUGCCACAUCGCACUGCUACUUUGAAACUCUACCCCAGAUUCUGGUUCUCAAUUUGAAGAGAUAUCAGUUUGAUGGUAACCAGUUUAAAAAGCUGUGUUAUGAGGUGUCUGUGCCUUUUUCACUGACUGUGAAUUCGGAAGAGCAGCCUAACACACAGUAUGAGCUCUUUGCAAUUUGUCACCAUUCUGGAGGAAUUUACGGUGGCCAUUAUGUGGCUGAGAUAAAGUCAUUUGAAAACGACUGCUGGUACUACUUCGACGACACCACGGUGAAUAAGGUGCAAGAAGAACGGAACUCAACAGGUGCCAAGAACAGUCCCACUGCAUAUCUGUUAAUGUACCGCAUGGCGGCCGGUGAUGCUAAGCCAAACAGAAAUACUCAGAUCGGGUUCCUUCAGCGUCUUCUGACGACUGCAUCCAUGGCAAGUGAGCCUGCACCUGCAGCACCAGCUAAACUAAUGCAAGAAGCUCAACCGGAGCCUGAAAUACAACCCAGUGCAUCAGUGGAGAGCAGUUCACAGUCGACGGAGACACUCCUAUCAUCUGAAUCACAUCGAGUGAGAUCAAGCCAAAGUUCACAACCCUGCAAGAAACUAGUGUCUCCAGCAUCAGGGACUCAGUUCCAGGCAGAACAGGAAGCAGAUGAAAGCCUUAAGGGAGCUUGGAUGGCGGCACAGAAUGACCCACUGCCUCUCAGCUCUUCCAAAACAUCCAGGUUUGUUAUGGAAGGAGGACUCUUAGACACAGAAACCCUUUCUGGUUGGCACACGAAGGACUGGCAUCCUCAGAGACAGUUGGUAGUUCCAACUAAAUAUAGGGAAAAAUUCUUGAACUUAGCCUAGGAUCACCCUAGUUGCCAUGCUGGGGUGAACAGGACCAAGGACCAUUUGGGGAAGUCAUUCCACUGGGAGAGGAUGGGCAAGGAUGUUUCUACCUCUUGUGAGGUGUGCCAAAGAGUGUGAAAGCCCCAAGACCAGAUCAAGGCCCCUCUCCAGCCACGCCCCAUCACUGGGGUUCCAUUUCAGCAUGUACCUAUAGAUAUUCUGAGUCCUUUUCCUAAGAAGACACCCAGAGGAAAGCUGUACAUCCUGACUUUCAUGGAUUUUGCCACCCGCUGGCCAGAAACAGUACCUCUAAGCAACACCAGGGCUAAAAGCGUGAGCCAGGCAUUGGCAGACAUUUUUGCCAGGGUAGGUUGGCCCUCCGACAUUGUUACAGAUUCAGGAACUAACUUCCUGUCAGGGACCAUGAAACAUCUUUGGAAAGCUUAAACCACUUGGUUGCCACCCCUUACCACCAUCAAACCAAUAGCCUGAUGAAGAAGUUUAAU